UAUGGCCCCGCGUGAAGUUCUAGACGUCCCCUCUGCCCGCCCCCUGGAAAUGCGACUGCUCUGGUUUGGGGGCGUCUACGUCAAAGGGGGGACUUUUCGUAUGAAUCUGGCAACCCAUGACGAUCCCAGCCGGCUUAGCUUGUUUCCUUCCUCACUCAUCUGAACGUCCGCAGAAGGUAGCCGGCCCUGAGCAUCAUGUCGAAAGUCGCGGACACCAAGCUCUACGACAUCCUCGGCGUCUCACCGUCGGCCUCAGAAAAUGAACUAAAAAAGGCCUACCGUAAAUUGGCUAAAGAGUAUCAUCCUGACAAGAACCCAGAUGCUGGAGACAAGUUUAAAGAGAUCAGUUUUGCAUAUGAAGUACUGACCACCCCGGAGAAGAAAGAGCUCUAUGACCGCUAUGGAGAACAGGGGCUACGCGAAGGCGGAGGUGGCGGGCCCGGCAUGGACGAUAUCUUCUCGCACAUAUUUGGUGGAGGACUCUUCGGGUUCAUGGGGGGACAGAGCAGAGGACGCAAUGGAGGACGGAGACGAGGCGAAGACAUGGUGCACCCUCUCAAAGUUUCACUUGAAGACCUCUACAAUGGUAAAACUACUAAACUCCAGCUGAGCAAGAAUGUCCUUUGUGGUGCCUGCAAUGGUCAGGGGGGCAAGGCGGGCGCAGUGCAAAAGUGUGUGGCAUGCAGAGGACUGGGUAUGAGGGUUGUGAUUCGACAGCUGGCCCCUGGUAUGGUCCAACAGGUGCAGUCGGUCUGUACAGACUGCAAAGGAGAGGGCGAGGUCAUUAGCGAGAAAGAUCGCUGUAAAAAGUGUGAAGGUCAUAAAGUGAGUAAGGAAUCCAAGCUGCUCGAGGUGCACGUGGACAAAGGCAUGAGACAUGGACAGAAGAUCAACUUCACCGGGGAAGCCGACCAAGCGCCCGGUGUGGAACCCGGAGACAUUGUCCUGGUCCUACAGGAGAAAGAACACGAUGAAUUCCGCCGGGAAGGCAAUGACCUUCACAUGGUGCAGCGCAUUGGCCUGGUCGAGGCUCUGUGCGGCUUCCAGAUCACGCUCAUGCAUCUGGACGGACGGCAGCUGCUUGUCAAGUACCCGCCUGGCAAGGUCAUAGAACCAGGCUGCAUUCGCGUAGUUAAAGGAGAGGGAAUGCCACAGUACAGAAACCCCUUUGAGAAGGGAGACCUCUACAUCAAGUUUGACGUGCAGUUCCCUCAGAACAACUGGAUCAGCCCCGAAAAGCUAAACGAGCUGGAGUGCCUGCUGCCGGCCCGCACCGAGGAUCCCCUCAUUUCCGCCGACGCCGAAGAAGUGGAACUGACGGAUUUCGACAGGAGUCAAGGCUCGGGCGGUGGCGCCAGGAGGGAGGCCUACAACGACAGCUCCGACGAGGAGGCCGGCGGCCAUCACGGCCCGGGGGUGCAGUGCGCGCACCAGUAGAAAAGACUCGGAUGCGUGUUUACAUGCGUCAUUCCUCCAGCUCCACUGUUACCAUGACGUUCAAGACCUGACACGCACAUGCACAUUUCUCUCCUGAUAUAUGGGGUCUCUCUCUCACACACACACACACACACACACACACACACACACACACACACACACACACACACACACGCACCCUCUUCAGUUCAAUGGUGCCCAAAAGAGAUGCUGGAGUUCAAGUUGAUUAUUUUGUGUUUCAUGGACAGUAGUGCUCAGCGAAGCCUCAGGCCAAAACUUGACUCAGACAGUCCAGCAGUCAGUCUACUAAAAAAAAAAAAAAAAAAAAGACUAUUGUCAACUAGUGUUACAUGGUUUAGUGUGAUCUAUCACAAACACAAGCAUGCUGCUUACCGUACUUGCUGAUGACAUACAACCCGGGUCCACACACACACACGUGACAUCACACAGACGUCAAGCCUGAUGAUUCCACACCGCCUCAUCCUCGGCUACGAUUUUCCAAAAUGGUCCUUUGUGCUGUCACUGCUUAAAAAAAAAAAAUGAAGUCCUGAGUUGUCGUACUUUGAAGUUUUAUGUUCAAGUGUUUUCUCGUGAGCGCUCCACGUAAUCUGUGGAGUCUCCGUGUGCGUUAACGCGGCGGCCCGUCAAGUCGGAGCUGCUUUGGAAUGUGCCGGCUUUCCCACCCGCCGCCUUGUUGAUGCUGUACCGUGAGCGGACGCUGUCACACUGUUGAAUGUUUGCCAAGAAAUUUCCCACGCCCGACUCGACAGCUCCCGACUCACUUCACAUAGGCAAAAGAGCGUACAUAUCAUAAUUAUUGCGUCAAAACAAUAUUCAGCCCCCAAAGCUUAUUGACAUCAUUUUGUUGCGUGAACGAAACAGCGCCCUCUAUCGUUCCAAUCUUUUAGCGGCCAACUUUAUUUUGAAAAGACUUUAUGGCACUUGAGCGUGUACAUUUGGCCACAGACUACCGGAAGUUGUUCUUGAUUAAGUGGUAUUAAUGUCAAUGCUUAUGUUUGUUCAGAUAAUUAAACUGUAUAAUAAACAAUCUGCAAGUCCAA